AUGGCACAACGUUCCGCCCGCGCUCGAGUCAAGCUCGACAAAAUCUCCGCCUCGGGAUCUCCGUCCUCGCCUUCGACAACCUCUCACUCGCGGACAGGGUCGAAGGGUAUUGCGAAGAUUGGCUCUGGGGGUUUGCUGACGCCGUCUGUGUCGUCUGUGUCGGGAUCUUCGCGCGGGAGCAUUCAGUUGUCGCAUUCGGGCCCAAAGAUUGGGAAGAGCGCCUUGAGGAGCUUCUUUGAUAGCCAUAGUGAGAAGAUUAGAGGGAGGUUGAGUAGUGGUUCGGGUCUUGGGAAGAAAGAUGUGCACCAAAGUGGAUAUGGGUUGGGGUUAGGAUUGGGGUUGGGUGGUGGCAUGUUGUCACUAGGUGAAAAGAUUGAGGUAAAACGAUGGGAGGGCGGCGGGCGACGAGAAGAAUUAUGGGAAGGUGGAGGGCAAGGACGAAAGGACCUGGAGUUAUGGUUCCCGGAUGGUGAUACACUAGUUUAUCUUACCGAACGGCCAAUAAUACCUCGAAAUCCUCAAGGUCUUUACAAACCACCACCGCCGAAAGCAUCAUUUCGACUACACUCAUCCAUUCUAAGAAAGACUGAAUCACCAUUUUUGAUAGCCGCGCUCGAAGAAUCCUUUAGAGAGCGACCAUUAACCCCCCCUCGGUAUACAGGUGCAAAUGGAUCUGAUGAUGGGAUAUCACCUACAAGCAUGGAGUUUGAAUACCAGCUUGGCUCACAGAAGAAGUCGAGUAGGAGCGACGCAAACAGCGAGGAAGGCGUUCAUCCUUUUCAACAAAGCGCUAGUAGCCCUCCGAACCCCCUGAAUUACGAUCUUGUGGAUCAUGGAGUAUCAGAAAUCGAAUCUCCUUACGGAAGUCUUAUGAGCCCCAAGGGGCAAAUGAGCACCCAAAAGAUCAUAAUUGAUUACCUCAAAAGUCGUGAUUUUGAUGAUGUUCGUAACUGGCCUGAAGGUGCUGCAGGUCUUGUGGUCUGGGCGGAAAGGGCUAGUGCAUCUGGAGCCUUGGGUUGCGGGUUAGGUGGUGGUGAGAUGGUAGGAGGCAUAGAAGGCCUAUGGCGGGAAGGAUUCGUUCAUUGUACAGGAAUGCUGGCGCGGCUGGAAGGGGGCGGAGAGUGGAGAGACAUAUCACCCAUCACAAAGGCUCUGAUCGACCGAGCCUCAUUAGAGAUUCAAGUCCGUGUUGCUGGUGCGGACCAGAGACUGAGCAAUUUCAACUUCACUGACAUGUGGCCUACCACAUCUUCAGCAGCACCACAUGCAAGGGCAGCAUUUGAUAAGUUCCAAAAGUUUUUGAUCAAGCACUAUUCCUCAAGGUUUGGGUCAUGGCCGCCUCACACACCCGAUGGCCGCCUGAGCAGAAUGGUAUAUGUCCAGCUCCAGCGAGAUUUCUCGGCGCUUUAUGACUAUCUAGUCGACAGGGAUGUGUCGUGGAGUAACAGUAAUGCCCAAACCCACCACCCCCGCCAGAACAAUACCCAGGGCGCUGGUGUGGUAAAUAAACCAAACAACACUGUUGCCGGAAACAAACUCGUCAAUCAUAAAUCACCACACUGGCGGGCAGACGACGAGGAACUUCACAUCACUGAUAUUCUAAUCACAUUUGAUGAGAAGCAAAAUUAUCCGCAUAUGCCAUAUCCGUUCCCAUUAGUGCCACCACCCAUGGUUAUGGGGCGAGGUUUCAAGAAUCGUUUCUUUCAAGGUGCCAGAAGAGGUUCAAUCACAAAUACGCCGACAUCAGCGUUUACUACCCCUGCCACCGCCGAUAAAGCUGCUGCAUUGUCAUUAUCAGAGUCGACCAAUAUCAUGUCUCUCAUGAGUUCAUCAGUAUCAAAUGAUCUGGUGGAUGCAUUUGCAAAGCACGAGAAGUCUAUUUCCGCAGCAGAAAUUGACCCACAUGAUGCCCGAAAGGGGAGAUGGAUUCUUAUCUAUGGAAUCUUACAAACCCUCGCUACAGUCGCUGUCGAUGCACCAGGAAUCAGAUACACUGAGGGUGUUGAUUACUUCCUCUGUCCAAAACUUCGGGGUACCCCACCAUGGAAAUAUGGUGGUGAGCGUGGCAUGGAUUCAUCAGGUUUAUCGGGAUCUAGCACGGCCGAUGAACGGAGCCAUUUCCGCUCCCACUGCUGGACUGUUCCAAGGACCUGGAGGCUUGCCGAGCCCUUGCCUUCGACUGCAGCGGUACCAAACUACAGCCGCGACGAUAAUGAGCGCGAAACAUCAGAGGUAUCAGGGGGGAGAAUGAAUGAUAUUGAGAGCGGGGAUGAUGGAGAUGAUGAGAUGGGAGAUGUUGAGAGUAGCCCAGUUAUGGGUGGGGGAUUAGGAAGGAAAAAGAGCAAGAGAUAUGAUAGCAUUUCUAGUGGCAGCGGAUUAGGCUCUCCAGUUCUGAUGGAAAAUAAGGUUAGGUGGCAAGAUGCAUGGGGCAUGGGGCCACAGGGGACCCCAGGAAGAAUGGGAGGCGGUCCUUAUUAUCAUUAA